AUGGACGAUGCUCCGGCGGCGGCGCAAAUAUCACAGGCGGAUAUUAUUGAGCGACAAGCGGAGACAAUUGCACACCUUAAGCAUCAAGUUUAUAAAGGAAACGAGUAUAAGCAGCUGACCAAGUCAAAGCUUAAGGAGGCAGCAGCGCGACUUAAAGAGUAUCGUCUUCGUCUUGAAACGCUUUUACAGGUUCAAGAAACGUUGAAACAGCAAUUAGAAACGGAGCAAGUUGCGCAUGCAAAAUUAAAAAAGCUUUGUAAAAACACUCCCAAGUCGGUAGAAGCACAGAUCAAACCGGUAAUAGUCCAAACUAUUGCGACACAAACUGAUGAGAUAAUAUCGGUGACGCGUACGAGUCAGACGCAAUGGAGCGGAGAUAUAGCGCCGAUAGUGGACCGAUCGGUGGACGAGUGGACGCCACGGAAAGGAGGUCGAGGUUCUUCACAGAACAAUGUAGAGCAAUCAAUGCCGCAACUCUCGCGACAUGCGUUAACCGAGACAAUAACAAACACUUGUGCUGAUAGUCAAAAAAAGUUUGAUGAACAUUUGACGACGCUGGAGCACGAAUCGAGCGCAAUGCUUGACGCUGCAUUGGCAUCGAGUGACUCAGACGACGAGAAUGGUAAUGCAUUGAAAAUUCCAGUGGAAAGUGACCAGGAUUUGGUUAGAUUUGAAUUUGAAGAGACAAGCAAAAGUAAUGAAGAUGUGGCAACAGAAAAGAAAGAAGAAAUGGGGUUCGAACGAUCGUUUCUGAGUGGUGUAGAUGAUGGUGUGCAACGUGCAAUUGAUCAGGAGCUGGAAAGUAGCAGUGAGGAUGAGGGACGACUAAAUUUAGUUGAAAAUGACGUGGGUGCGAAUGACGAUCGGAAAACAAAGGAUGGUGGUAUGUCUUCGAAGUUGGAUCCAGUGAUUUCGAAUGAAAUUGAUAAGGAAUUAGAAUUUAGCAGCGACGAAGAUGGCGCGAAAAGUUCUGUUGAAAAAAUAGAAGGUGAAACGAAUGAAAGGAAGGAGGAUACUGAUGAAAAACAGACGCUUGUGAUGUCGAUCGAUGAUGCAUUAGACGACGAGUUUGCGGCACUAGAAUCAGAGGAGCAGAAUGUGGCAGAUGAUAAAGUGAGCUUGAGCUUGAGCAGCACCAGUGAUAGCGACUCUAGUGACAGUAGUGACAGCGACUCUGAGAAAGAAAUCACACCUGUUAGUGACGCUGACAAGAUUGAGCCAUCUACACAAUUAGAAGACGAUCGCAAGAAAGAGGACGUUUCAUCUUUGACACGAGAUCUUGCUGCCAAUGACACAACGUUAGGUGAAGAGAGUAUCGUCUCUGCUGCUAACAGUUCAAGUGAAAAUGCAAUGCAAGCAUCAUCUCCUGAUUUAAAGACUGUGAUAAAUCCAAAAAAUGAUCAUGAAAACACAAAAGAGAUUAAUGUUAUUCAUGACUUGACCCCGAUCGUUGCUUGGCAGUCUGAAAAAGCUCAACAUUGUCAAGAUACUCAAGUUAAUGAAUCGGAGGUUACAGUUAUUACAAACCAAAGCACGCCGCUUAUUUUGGACACUGGUGAAGUUAAAGCCUCGCCAAGUUCUCAGAAAGAAUCCACGUCAAUGACACAAUCAUCAAUGAAUUGUUUUUCUACUAAAAUUCGCAAAGCAGAUGAAGCAGAAUUACCAAAGACUUUCGAAGAAUGUUCGAAAAAGAUCAAAAUCUCAAGUGAAUCAACGUGUAAGUCACAGACAUUUCAAAAUCAAAAGCAGGAUGAGAGACAGAUCACGAAAUCUCUCAAUAUCUUAAAACAAGCAAUGAUUCGAAAUGAGAAUGAAAUAAUCGACAAAGACUUUACUCGUCGAACUUUGACGGUAUUAGCGAAACAAAGCGCUGUUAUUAUUAACACGCGUUUAGACAAUGUGAAAACACUGUGCCAUUUUGUUGCCGACAGGUACCGAGAAUUGCAUUUGUCUCCUCUUGAGGUGAUUAAUGGUGCUCUAAGCAUCUUUCGAACGCCACGAUCGCGACAUUUAAUGCAAGAAAGACAAGGACUUGGUUAUGUUUAUAUGCACGUGCUUUUACGUCUUGUAUGGCAACAAGAUGGACCAGAUUUGUCAUUAGUAAACGAUUGUUUACUACAUCUUGAAACUUUUCUCUUUGAAGAUCGUGCCACUUGUGGAAACGCAAUGUCAAGUGAAACUCAACAUGUGCAACUUGUGAAAUCAAAAAUAGUAUAUGACAAAGCUUUUGUGGCACAUAUUUGGGCACUUUGGACAUAUUUAUGUCGAGCUACGACCCAAUUGACUCGUGCACGUGUAAUGCUGUUUGAUCUUGUGCGAGAGUACCCGGAUAUUCGAGGGUUAUACUGGGCAGCAGCCAUGGUGGAAGUGUAUCCACUUAUACUUGAGCAAGACUUUGAUUCAAGUUGCGUGGAGCGUCAAGGAUUGAUAAAGGAGACAUUAUGUCAUGUUCUGGUAACCAUUUCAAGCGUCGGAGCUGCGAGACAAGAAAUGCUAUUGCAUCAAUCGAGUGUCUUCAUUUUACAUCGUAUCGUUAAUGCGACCCAGAGGCCAGAGCUUGAAAUAAUGGAUGCACCAAAUCCAUCAUUUGUUGUCAAAAAGCUCUUGACUUCAUUAGAAGCUUUUUCUGUGGACUAUUUCGAGCUUGCGAAAUGUCUCGAACUGUGUGUUGCAGUAUUUGGACUUGACGUGGUCACAACAAAUUUCACGUUAGAAAAGUGUCAGGAAUUAUAUUGUACUGGGUCUUUUGAGGUUAAAAGUGGCAUUGUGACACUUGUUGGGCAUAUUGCCAAAAGUGUUGCAUGGAAAACAAGUGACACACAACAGCCAAGAUCAUUGCAUGAUCAUUAUGUAGAAUGUGUGCUGGAAUGGUUAUACCAACUUUUGUCAAAUCAAAUUUUACAACAUUCAGAUCCAGAUAAUCAAUUGCACAAAUUGGUUACAUACUCUAGUGUAGCCAUCGAAUUAGUUCUUGAGUAUUCAGCACCUGCUGGAUUGGUGUCUCGACGGCGUGUCUUAGCUGCAAUUGUCGAAUGGUUUACUGCUAUACCAUCACACGAACUCAUGGAGUUACCAGCAACGUUUUUAAGACGCCUUCGUUUUGCCGUUAUAGCAGCUCGUCCAAGUGUGAAUAUAGUCUCAAAGAAAUAA